UUACUGAAGGGUACCGUGCGAAGGCGUGGCCGCAUCGCCUGGGUGGCCGGUGCUAAAGGCGCGGCCCCUUAAGGCGGAGCAAUGGGCAGGAGACGCUUGGGGGACGCCAGCUAGCGCUGACUGGCGUCCAGUGAACCAAUGCGCUUGGCGGUUGCCACGCCGGGGCUGGGCCUCCCCAGAGGCCGCUCCUUCCCGGAGGCCACGCCGGGAACCAAUGAGAGCGAGAAGUCGGACCGUCAGCAUCAAUAAAGCCAUUAAUGCACAGGAAGUUGCUGUCAAGGAGAAACAUGCCAGGACAUGCAUCCUGGGCACGCACCAUGAGAAGGGAGCGCAGACCUUCUGGUCAGUGGUGAACCGGCUGCCGCUGUCUGGCAAUGCUGUGCUCUGCUGGAAGUUCUGCCAUGUCUUCCACAAGCUCCUCCGGGAUGGACAUUCCAAUGUCCUGAAAGACUCUGUGAGAUACAAGAAUGAGCUGAGUGACAUGAGCAGGAUGUGGGGCCACCUGAGCGAGGGCUACGGUCAGCUCUGCAGCAUCUACCUCAAACUGCUGAGAACCAAGAUGGAAUUUCACACCAAGAAUCCCCGAUUCCCUGGAAAUCUGCAGAUGUCUGACCGGCAGCUCGAUGAGGCUGGGGAGAACGAUGUCAAUAACUUUUUUCAGCUGACGGUGGAGAUGUUUGACUACCUGGAGUGUGAGCUGAACCUCUUCCAGACAGGCAUAGUGUGGCACCCUCGGAUGCUGCCGGAUCUGAUCCUGCACUCCUUCCCUGCAGUAUUCAGCUCUCUGGACAUGUCACGCUCAGUGUCAGUGACAGCAGCAGGGCAGUGCCGUUUGGCCCCACUCAUCCAGGUGAUCCUGGACUGCAGUCACCUCUAUGACUACACUGUCAAGCUGCUCUUCAAGCUCCACUCCUGUCUGCCAGCAGAUACACUGCAGGGCCACCGGGAUCGCUUCCUGGAGCAGUUCCGAAAACUCAAGGACCUUUUCUACCGCUCCAGCAACCUCCAGUACUUCAAGCGGCUGAUUCAGAUCCCACAGCUGCCAGAGAACCCUCCCAAUUUCCUGCGUGCCUCUGCGCUGUCAGAGCACAUCAGCCCUGUGGUGGUGAUCCCCGCCGAGGCAUCCUCGCCUGACAGCGAGCCCAUCACAGACCUGGUGGAGAUGGACGCAGCCUCACAGAGCCUGUUUGACAACAAAUUUGAUGACAUCUUUGGCAGCUCCUUCAGCUGCGACCCCUUCAACUUUAACAGCCAGAACGGGAUGAACAAGGAUGACAAGGACCGGCUAAUUGAGCAGCUUUAUGGGGAGAUCACAGCUCUGAAGGAGGAGCUGGAGAACUUCAAGGCUGAGAGCGCACGAGGUGCAGUGCAGCUGCGUGGCCGUGCCAGCGAGUUGGAGGCUGAGCUGGCCGAGCAGCAGCACCUGAAGCAGCAGGCACAGGACGAGAGUGAGUUCCUGCGUGCAGAGCUGGAGGAGCUGAAGAAGCAGCGGGAGGACACGGAGAAGGCUCAGCGGAGCCUGACGGAAAUUGAGAGACGGGCACAGGCCAACGAGCAGCGGUAUAGCAAACUGAAGGAGAAGUACAGCGAGCUGGUGCAGAACCACGCUGACCUGCUGCGCAAGAAUGCAGAGGUGACCAAGCAGAUUACUGUGGCCAGGCAGGCCCAGGGGGAUGUGGAGCGGGAGAAGAAGGAGCUGGAGGACUCCUUCCAGCGUGUGAGUGAGCAGGCACAAAGGAAGUCUCAGGAGCAGGCAGAAGUGCUGGAGACACUGAAGCGGGAGCUGGCAGCCAGCAGACAAGAGCUGGAGGUCCUCCAGGGCACACUGGAAUCCAGCACACAGGCAGGAGCGGAGCAGAACACUCGGAUUGCCAGCCUGGAGCAGGAGAGGGACAGGCUGAGCCAAGCAGCAGAGCAGCACAGGGACAAGAUGGCAGCUCUGCAGGCUGAGCUGCAGCAGCUACGGGACACGCUCAGCUGCGAGCAGAAGAGCAGCAGGACAGAGCUGGAGAUGCUGCAGACCCAGCUGAGAGACAAGGAGAGCACAGAGCGGGCGCUGCAGCAGCGUCUGGCCGAGGAGCAGCUGUCCCUGCUGCAGGGCACCUCGCGCGAGGCCGAGCGCAUGGUGCAGGAUGCCCUGGCUCGCAUGGAGGAUCCUGCUCAUAUCAGCUGCACCGGCUCAGCAGAUUGCCUCCUGUCCCAGACACUGGCAGCCUCUGAGUGCGCAGAGCGGCUGCGGGAUGCACACAGCAAGUACCUUUCGGGUGGCGCAGCCGUGGGCUCCCUGCUGCCCCACCUGGCACUCUUCGCCCACCUGGUCAGCAACACCGUCCUGCAGGGUAGUGCGACCUCCCAUGUGGCCCCUGUGGAGCCUGCUGACCGUCUGCUGGAGCUGUGCAAGCAGUGUGGCAGUGAGACUGUGAGCUACCUCAGCGCCCUGCAAGACCCAGGGAUGGUCACAAGUGCUGACUGCCGCCUCGUGACAGCCUGCCUGGGCCAGAUCAGCGCUAUCGGGGAGGAGCUGCGUCCCAGAGGCCUGGAUGUCAAGCAGGAGGAGCUGGGUGACCUAGUGGACAAGGAGAUGGCAGCGACGGCCACGGCCAUCGAAAUCGCAUCUGCCCGUAUUGAGGAGAUGCUGAGCAAGGCACGGGCUGGUGACACUGGGGUCCAACUGGAAGUUAACGAGAGGAUUCUGGGCUCCUGCACAGGCCUCAUGCAGGCCAUCCGUGUCCUGGUCCUGGCCUCCAAGGAUCUCCAGAGAGAGAUCGUGGAGAGUGGACGGGGUGCAGCAUCCCCUAAGGAGUUCUAUGCCAAGAAUUCACGCUGGACUGAGGGUCUCAUCUCUGCUUCCAAGGCAGUAGGCUGGGGUGCCACUGUCAUGGUUGAUGCUGCUGACCUGGUAGUGCAAGGCAAGGGGACAUUUGAGGAGCUGAUGGUCUGUUCCCGGGAGAUCGCGGCCAGCACUGCUCAGCUGGUGGCAGCCUCCAAGGUGAAGGCAGACAAAGACAGCGCCAACCUCUGCAAGCUCCAGCAAGCCUCCCGGGGCGUCAACCAGGCCACGGCCAGUGUGGUGGCCUCCACCAAAGCUGGCAAGUCUCAAGUGGAGGAGAAAGAUAGCAUGGACUUCUCCAACAUGACACUCACCCAGAUCAAGCGUCAGGAGAUGGACUCACAGGUGCGGGUGCUGGAGCUGGAGAACCAGCUGCAGAAGGAGCGGCAGAAGCUGGGGGAGCUGCGCAAGAAGCACUACGAGCUGGCUGGUGUGGCAGAGGGCUGGGAGGAGGACGCUGCAGAUUAGCACCAGUGGUUGAAGCAGCCCACAGGGGACAUCUGGAACCCUGUGGGGGACACCCCUGGGACCCCAUUUGGUGCAGUCUGUUGAGAAGAAUCCCAAGGAAGUGGUGCAGAAGCCCCUCUGAAGCACACAUCCCCUGUGUCCCUCCAAGAGCCGCCUCCAGAACCAGAGCUGAGCCGCCAGCAAGACCCCAGGGCUGGGGCGAGGGCACAAAUCACACCUGUAUUUAUUAGAGCUGCUGGGGGUGGGGGGAGGUGUCCACGGGGGUAUUUAACCCUUUAGUUUUGUUUUUGCACAGAUUCUCGGAACUCCUAGAGCCUUCUCUGGCUGAGCGAGAGCGGUCAGGCUUCUCUUGCCUCUCGCUGCUUUUCCAGCCUUAAUUCAGCCCCUGGCUCAACAUGAAUGUCUCCCUGCCCUGGGAAUGAGCAUGCUGAGGGCCCCGGGGGUGCCACCAGGUGGGGGACAGCCUUUGGGGUGCUGCUGGGCUUGGUGCUAAGUGUGCUCCCCCUCGGCGGGGACACUGAGUGCCUUUGGCCACUGCAGGCUGAGAGGUGGAGUUCCCAUGGAAUACCCUGGCUGAUGACACAGGGUGCUAGGAACAGCUAGGAAAGGGGCAGCAGCAGGAGGGAUGCUGCCAUGAGCUCCUGUCUCUCAUUCCAGGUCCGCCUCCCAAAAUGCUUCCCGAGCCCCCCUGAGCUGGGCUUCUCUGCCCUGACAGUUCACUGUGUUCAUGCCAGCAAUAAACCCUCCACAAGGUGCUGGGUGUGGCUUUGGGCCACCAAGGUGCCACCACACAAGCCACCAGCUCCUGGGGACAGGGCGUGACUCUAGGGCAGCAGCACAGAGGGUCUGGGGGGGAGCCAGGGUGCCCCAAAACCAGAGCACCCAAAAAGCAAGAGUAAGUUAGCUCCCUGUCCCUGCUCACUUUGGUGCCAUCCUUGUGUUAUCACCACCCACUUGGGUGCAGGGGGACCAGGGCCAGUGUGGCUGUGGGCAGAGGUGGCCACAGAGCUGGCACCAGCCAGGGAACCUUUGUGCCUUGAGCAGGGGGCUCAGAGGGCAGGGGGCAUCAGCCACCUCCGGGCCCCCCAGCUUGACUCGCUGCAGUGGAGACAGUGACGUCAGACCAUGCAGCAAUGUCCCCAUCCUCCACGGUCCUGCUGUUCCCCCUGCUGGAGCCAGUGUCCCUCCACUUGAGGUGCUGAGGACAGGAUUUGGCCUUUCUCCCUUUGGGAAGAGGCUGGGCUGUCACUGUGUGCUUUCCCAGCAACACCCACCCAUCAGCACCCAGCUGGCACCUGGAGCAGUGGGACCUGCCACUGCCGUGGCCUCAGAGCUGCCACCCAUCCACGCAGCCAUCUAACGUGCAGGGAGACACUGUUCCCGUGUUCCCCCCAGCCCUGCUGCUCUGUGUGCCAGCCCACUGGAAGGACCUGGGCUCCUGCUGCUUCCCCAACCUCAACCCAUGCUGGCUCCCCUUGGAUGCAAUACCAACCAUCCUGUUCCUGCAGGACACAGGGAGCCCCGAAACCCUCCCCACUAUUUUUGGGGGGAGUCUCGCCUGCAAGCCCAACUACCUCAGGCCUUGGGGCCCGGGAGCGGCAUGGCGGUCACAGUGGCACUGGGGGCUUGGGGACAGCGGCACUGUUCUUGGCCUAAUCCACUUGUCCCUUUUGUAUCUCAGCCAGGCGUGGGCAGAGGGUCUCUGCGGUGUUCCCAGUGAUGGAAGCUGGUGAUGGGGAUGGCGGGGGUGCCCCCCACUGCAGGGCAAGUCGACUUGGGUUUUCAUUGUAUGAUAAUGACCAUGUUGUUUGUUUUGGAUUUUUCAAUAAAGCCUUCAGCCCAGCCCCGCAGCUUGAGGGGGGACACAGGG